AUGUUACUUGAGAGUUGCCGAGAUGGCGUCUGUGAAGUGUAUGGACAAACAAUCUGGAAACGUGUCGUACAGGAGUUAAACUUUGAACAUGAAUCGUUUACCACACUAGACCGGUACGAUGAAACGUUGAUUGAAAAAGUUGCCGAAUGUUUAUCGGAACUUUUACAUGAGGGUGGACCUGAUUUAUAUAUGCAGUUUUUUGGUGAAUGUUUUGUAAAGUUUUUUACAAACUACGGUUAUGAUAAAAUUCUUCGUGUGGCUGGUCGGCAUUUUCGUGAUUUUCUCCAUUCGAUCGAUCAAUUGCACGAUUCAACACGAUUUAGUUUUCCGAAAAUGAAAUCACCAUUAUUUCAUGUCACUGAAGAAGAUGAUAACGGUGCUAUUUUACAUUAUAAGUCGAAACGACGCGGUUUUCAACGAUACAUUGUUGGUCAAUUGAAAGAGUGCGCAUUAAGAUUCUUUAAAGAAGAUAUCUUCGUUCGGAUUCAAGAUGAUAUCUCCUCAAAUGAAUACACUCAUAUUAUCUUCCGCGUGGACUUCAAUAACUUCAUGGCACGUUCAAUAGAACGACGUCUUAUGCAAGGUCCUAUAUUGCCUGAUGUGACAAGUGCAACGUUUUUUAAGGUAUUUCCAUUUGCUAUUCUACUCGAUCCGCAAAUGCGAAUUUAUCAUCUGGGACAUUCGAUAAAGAACAUCUUUCCAGCUGAUACAGUUUUGAUUGGUCGCUAUUUGGAAGAUGUUUUUCGUCUUGUUCGACCGGAUAUACUGCUUGAAUGGAGUCGAGUGCUCUCUUAUGGACGACAUAUAGUCUUUGUCAUUGAAAGUAAAACACCACUCCGUCCAAGUCCUUCCACAAGUACCAAGAAGUUCGGUUCAAAUAAUUCUCAAAUUCGUUUGAAAGGUCAAAUGAAAUUGAUAGCUGCCUGGAAUAUGAUUGUUUUUCUCUGUCAUCCAGUAUUAACGACAACCGAAGAAAUGCUCUCGGUCGGCUUGUUUCUCCAUGAUUUAAAUUUUUAUGAUGGAAGCAGUGAAAUUCUCAUUGCCGGCAUGCAGCAUGCACGAUCCUUACAAGCCGCUAUUGAUAAACAACACGCUUGGAUAACUAAAUUGCAGAGUUCAAAAUUAGAAUUGCAAGAAUGGCGUCGCAAAGGUCGACGUUUAUUAUACUCAAUGAUGCCACGGCACAUUGCACAAAUGCUACAAGAAGGUGUCCUAGCGAAUUCGAUUUGUGAAUCGCAUAAAUUAUUAACAGUUCUGUUUGCAUAUUCGAUUGAUUUCAAAGAUGUUGUACAGAAAUUAGAUCCUCAACAAAUUGUCGAGUCGAUCAAUGCCACAGUGAAUGCGUUUGAUCAAUGUGCUGAACAUUUCGAUGUAUUCAAAGUUGAAACGAAGGCCGAUUCAUCCUAUAUGGUCGUCGCUGGAAUACAAGAUCGGCCUGUUCAAUCACAACGACGCGAAUCGAUAGCGAGUCAAUCAACGACAUAUAGUUUUUCGUUAACGGACGAGUUAGCCACUGAUAUGAAAAAUCCAUUAGGACUUAAUCAUGCUGAACUCGUUGCCGGUUUAGCCCUUGAAUUAGUGAAAAGUUCGAAACGAGUGAUUAAUCCUGUGACAAAACAACCAUUUCGUGUAAAAUUCGGCUUUCAUUCUGGUCCAGCUGUCGGUGGAAUUGUUGGAGCGAAAAAUUUUCAAUACUGUCUAUUCGGCGAUACAAUAAACACGGCUAGUCGGAUAACCACAACCGGAGAACCCGGUCGAAUUCAUCUCAGUGACACAUCCUAUGCAUUAUUGAAAGACUCGCUGUAUUUCGAUAUUGAAUACAAAGGCAGAACUGAGCUGAAAGGUAAAGGUUCCGUGGAUACUUACUGGCUAAUUGGACCAAAACCAGCGUAUACAAGUGUCAUCGAACAAGAUCGCUAUGACAUGGAUGAUGAAGAUCACGAAGCACCCACUUUCAAUUCAUCGAAUAUCUUCGAAGGAAAUACCGCACGAACUUGCAAUGAUCCCGUAGCUGAUCUUUCAACCCCAGCAUCACCUCGGAAAUCAACUACUGUCAACGGUAUCAAUAAACGAACAUCUAGCAUUAUUGACCAGUGUCCGUUCAGCGGGCGUAAAAUCGAAGUUCAGCCAGCCGGUAUAUGA